CAAACGCUAUUUGUUUUAUUAGUAAACAAACCUUGGAUGAAAUUUUAGAACUACCGGUGACAAAGUGGGAUUAUGUAACUUUUGUACAAAAUUACAAAUUAAUUAAACGAUAAUUAGUGAAACUAAUCAAAGUAAACAAUGAAUAAUUGAUGUUUACAACCUGUAGCUGACAAAUAAUUUAUUAUGAUGGCAAAAACCUCUCUCUUACUUCACCCUGAAAAACUGUGGGGGAUAUUUAGUGGCUUGACUGCUUAUGCCAUCCAGAUUCCUAUUUCUAUAGCUCCUAAUUUGUAUGAGAAAAAAACCAUGAAAGAAUGCAGUCAUCAUUUAGCUUGGUUAUCUGAUUAUUCACCAGAAUUCAGUGUUUCAAGUAGAAAUAUUCAAAUCCUUCAAGAACCUUCUGACUUCUUUGAAAAAUUAAAAGAUUUAUCUAGAACUGCUACUAAAAGAAUUACACUAGCCUCAUUAUAUAUUGGAAAUGGUGCUUUAGAAAAGGAAUUGAUUUCAUCCAUAAAUGAAGGACUACAGAACUCAAAUGGAGGUCUGCAAGUGAAAAUUCUUCUAGAUUAUACGAGGGGGUCCAGAGGGAAAGAAAAUUCAAGAACUCUUCUCUUGCCUUUAUUAAAUCAUUACCCAUCACAAUUCAACGUUUCCUUGUAUCACACUCCUAAACUAAGAGGCCUUAUAAAGUGGAUUUUGCCUGAUAGAUGGAAUGAAACUAUUGGACUGUCUCAUUUAAAGGUUUAUUUAUUUGAUGAUACCCUUAUAUUAAGUGGGGCUAACUUGAGUGAUCAAUACUUUAGUAAUCGUCAAGACAGAUAUGUUGUCUUUAAUGACUGUAAAGAGCUGUGUGACUAUUUUGAUGAUUUAGUGUCAACUAUAUCAUCAAUGUCCUUCCUAUUAAAACCUGACAAUUCUGUUAUUUUGCAUUCUGACUGGAAUAUACACCCAUCAGAAGGUAGUUUUAAAGAAUUUGUUACAAAAGCCAAUAAAUAUCUCCAGAAAUUCAUAUGCCCAGUUAAAAACAGAUCCAUCCACCUGAAUAACUGUAUGGAGCAUGGUUCAAAAAAGAGUGAUACCCUAGUAUACCCAUUACUUCAAAUGCACACUUUCAAUAUUAGACAAGAUGAACAGGUUGUAGAAAAAUUUCUUCGUCUAGCGGAACCUAAUUCAUGCAUCAAGUUAGCUUCUGGCUAUUUUAAUCUGACAAAUCAUUACAUGAGUAUUAUUUUAAAAUCUUCAAAGGCUUUGUACAGUUUGCUAGUCGCUUCUCCUAAGGUUAAUGGUUUUUAUGGUGCAUCAGGAGUCUCAGGUGCAAUACCGAUGGCAUACACUCAUAUAGCCAAAACUUUCUUCUCCAAAGUUUUAAACUACAGACAGCAAAACAGGAUUGAACUUCGUGAAUAUGAAAGAUCUGAUUGGACAUUCCAUGUAAAAGGACUGUGGUACUACAAGCCUGAUGAAACCUUGCCAUCUGUUACCUUUAUUGGAUCGCCAAAUUUUGGUUAUAGAUCAGUGUACAAAGAUCUUGAGGCACAAGUUGCAAUUGUAACUUCAAGCAAAGAUCUACAACUUCAACUGCAUAAUGAACAGCAAAGGCUUUAUGACAGAACUACAGUAAUUGAUAAAAGUCUAUUUGAUAGACCUGAUCGGAAAGUGUCACUUUGGGUGAAAUUGGUCACAUUUUUCAUCAGAGAUUUCUUUUGAUAUUUAUUCUUCGUACAUUUAUAAACAUUGCUGGGAGAAUUAUAAUUAUUGUUAUACAUUUCAUUGUUCAUUAAAAUUUUAAAACAAUA